AUGUCAGCCGCGCUGGCCUCUGAUGAAGUUGCCGAGGACUACAAGAACUCCUUGGAAGACCUAACCACCAAUGACAGGUUUCAGAUCAGCAACUUAACCGUCAUUGCAAAGGAAAACACUGAACAUGCGAUGGCCAUCUCCCGCGUUCUGGAGAAUCAUAUCCGAACAACACCGCCGGCUCAGAAACUACCUGCGUUGUAUGUAGUCGACUCGAUUGUGAAGAAUGUAGGCACUCCCUACACUCUGUUCCUCGGGAGGAACAUGUAUCAGACUUUCAUGAACGCAUACACGCUGGUCGACUCACAAACCCGCAGGAAGCUGGACGAGAUGCUGAAGACUUGGAAAGAACCAGUUCCAGGGUCUUUGGAUACGAGGCCGGUUUUUCCGCCGGAUAUCACUCGCAGCAUCGAAAACGCUUUGAUUAAAGCGAGGACUGCUGCCCUUCAGCAACAGCAAGCUAGAGGCCAGCAGGAUGUUUUCAACCGCAGCCGAGUUGGGACUCCUCCUGGCUGGCGAAACACUCUCACAACACCCCAAAUGCCCGGUCGAUACCCGCCGCCCGCAAACUCCCUGCAAGGCCAAAGGCCUGCAUCAAAUGGAUAUCCAACGGGCGAUCCCUUGCCUGUUCGGUCAACUCCCACGCCCCAGCUCCAGGUACAAGAAGUUGACCUUUCAUCUUUGAAUCGGGAUGUUGAAGUCUUGAUUGCUGCUGCUCGAACUGAAUUCGCCAAUAAUCCUCUUGACCCAUCUGUUCAACAACGACUUAAAGCGCUUCUAGACUUGCAAGGCAUUAUGCAACGCCAGCAACUUACCCAAGAGCAGCUCAAACUUGUCCGUGAUCAAGUGUCAGCGCUCGCUCCCAAGCCCUCCAUACAGGCAGCCCAGCCCGCUCCUUCCCAUAUUCCUGUCACAUCAGCCCCGACCAUAGCCACUCCGCCAGUCGCACAGUCAUUCUCGCAGCCACUUCAGCAGCUCUUGAACCCAGGGACACUGGCGGAACUCAUCAAAGCCACGGCUGCGCGGCAGCAGCCUACUCCACCCCAAGUUCCCUCUGUUCCACAACUACCCGUCAGUAGCACUCCACAAAUACCUUCUUCAGCACCAGAGAAUCCACUUAUUGCAGCUCUAAGAGCAAAGGGGCUCUUACCUGCGUCCUCCGCACCACCAGGGGGUUCAGUUCCAUCACCUACCGCAGGUGCGUUCCCAUUCAUAGUGCCAGGACAGGUGCGAUAUACGCCACCCGUGCCCACACCGCAAGCGGUGAGUACUGCAGAAGUACAAGUUAAUGUUCAAAUGAACACCGCGUCCAUCAAAAUACCUCGUAGCAUGUUGAUUGCCAGUCUCUACGAAGCACGAUCUAAUAGAUGCGGCACUUGUGGCCGUCGGUUCUUCGCAACUGAAGAAGGGAAACAGAAGAAGGCCCGACAUCUCGAUUGGCACUUUCGGACAAACCAACGGAUGGCUGAUGCCGCUCGGCGCGCUCAGAACCGCAGUUGGUACGUUGAUGAACGGGAUUGGAUAAAAUCACGAGAGCUGGGAGACGACCAAGUUAUCACAGACGCGGAAGCUACGAGCGAGAAUACCGCUGGCAACGACAGCGAGUCAAAGAAAGGACCGGCUAAACAAUGGAUUCGGGCACCCAACGAUGCCACGUUGCGCAACACACCGUGUCCCAUCUGUCAAGAGAAGUUUGAGUCUACCUGGUCGGAAGAUGUUCAAGACUGGAUCUGGCAGGACGCAAUAAAGGUCGGCAAUCGUGUGUACCAUGCCAGCUGCUAUGCGGAAGUGACUAAAGACGGGCCACCUCGUGGUCGAGAAACGCCAUCAGGGCGUACUGGAACCCCUGACUCUGUUCUGGGCAAGCGAAAAGCUGAGGGAACUGACUCUCCUAGCCAGAACGUGCGGAUCAAGACCGAGCCGGUCUAA